AUGGCGCCAAUCAACGCAAAGGUCAACUCGACCAACUCGCACAACAUGCACCAAACCUUCAAGUUCAACUCGAUCCCCAAGGCGGUCAAGACCAACGUCACGAAGAAGGGCAGUAUAAAUACGACAGUGGUCAUGGGCCCGGACGGAAUGCCGCACCACCGAUCAGUCGUCUCUGUCUCCUCUACCACGCCGCGGUCACCGCCGAUUACCGCCUCUCCGACCACUGCCAGCUUUGAGAAAGUCCUUGCCGAGUCCCGAGAAGAGAGGAUGCGAAGAGUCUCCGGCAGCACGAGCAGUGACGACCGGGGCUCUCGGAAGUCGUUCCGUCUCGACACCAAGGCCGCCCGCCGACAGACGAUCCGCGACUUCACCUCCAGUAUGCGACGAAAGGCUUCAGAAGCUGUGUCCGUCUCUGUCUCGCAGAGGAGCGACAGUAUGAGCCUCGCGAGUGCUUCUGGACCAAUGUGCACAUCCCCCAUCGAAGCGUCCGACUUCGGAGAAUGGGUCUACCCGACGUCCCCCUCAUUAGCCAAGACAGCCGGAACCUGGGGCCCGGGAUCGUCGUCGCCCGUUUCGCCCACAAGCCCUGCGCUGAAGCGGGCUCCGCCAGUGUCUGUCGCUUCCCCGACGUCUCCCUUCCACAAUCUGCGGGGGAGCACGGGCACUCUGGAUGACAUUGCCCCUUUCGCAGCGCCUUCUGGACCGCCACCGGCUCCUUCUGACCUUCCGCAACCGAAGAGUCCUAGGAGCCCCGUACUUGGAAUCAGCCGCGUAGUCUCUGGCAGCAGCGCUAGCUCGACCCCGAGCGGGGCCAGCAUGCCUCAAACCCCAACAGUUCCGGGAUGGCACGACCUUGCUCGCCCGACUGGCGCUGUGGGAGCGAAGCGCGUCUUCUUUGAUGACAAUGGAGAGGUGCGCUCGGUGUACAAGGUCGGAUGGGAGAGCCCUGUGCUCGACCUGGAAGCGCGACUGCACGAGACCAUGUACGACAUUGCCGGCGGACGCCACACUUUCAUCGACCUCGACGAGAACAGCGACGCCCCCGCCACUGUGCUUGAUCUUGGAACCGGCAGCGGUCUCUGGCCCAUCUCGCAAGCGCUUGCAUGGCCAAAGGCCCAGUUCGUCGCCGCCGACCUCGUUCCGUGCCACAUCGACCUGCAGACGCUCGCCGCCGCGACGGCAUGCAUUGACGACGGCACAUGGGAGAGUGUGGCCGACCGGAUUGAUUUCCAGCAAUACAAUUUCCUGAAUGGCCUCCCCUACGACACUGGCUCCUUUGACAUGGUCCACCUGCGAUUCGUUGGCCUCGGUGUCCCCGAGCAUCAGUGGACGGCGCUCCUGGACGAGGCUGUCCGCGUGCUUCGCCCGGGUGGUGUCCUCGAGGUCGUCGAGAUGUCAGCUGAGCCACCGACUAGCACGCCGGGCGCCGUCAAGGCCGCGUGGUCUUCGAUGCUCCAGUCCGACUACAUUCAUUCCAACCCCGUCUCUGUGCUCCAGAGCUAUCUCCCCUCGACCCCGCACCUCGUCAAGUCGACCCGACCUGUUCUCAAUGUCUCGUGGGACAUGGAGUCGCCCAGCAACGCGCCUGGAGCGCUUGCCGAUGCUUCCAUGACGUGGAUUCGGUCUGCGCUCGCGUACCGUGACGCCCGGCUAGGCAUGGACGAGACUGGAGCUCGCGCCAUCAAGGCCUUCGCCAAGGCUGCGCCUGGCAAGUGGAUCAGUGUCCGGCCGCACGGCGAGCAGCCAGAGGAGGACGAGGAGCGGAGCCCGCGGACACCCGUCAACCUCGCCGCUUGGGUCGUCGUCAAGGAGAGCCGGACGAUCGCCAAGGAGAAGCCGUUGAUCACCUCACCACCGGCCACGGCUGCCAUCUAA